GUCACACAGCAGACACUCACCUCCCCCUUCGCUCUUUACGCUUGCAAGCACAGCCCACUCAAACACCAAGUUCAAGAUGGCCUUCAAGGGAGUAUUCUACACCGUCUUCUUCGCCCUCGUCGCCUCCUCUCUGGCUGCCGAGAAGAAGGAAAAGGAGAAUGAAGACGGCCGAUUCUUCCUCACCGGUACUGGCAACAAUGACAACACCUCCAUCACCGUCAGCAGCGAUGUCAUUUACCUGUUGGCAAUCCUGGCUUUCGGUCUGAUCGCCGCUGCCAUCGUCGCUGCCAUCAUCGGCGUAGGUGCAGGUACUGGCGCUAGUGACUAUAGCUACGCAGCUCCCACCUCCUACGCCGCCUACUCCGCCCCCGCCCCUACCUACGAGGAGAGUUCCUACGCUGUCCAUCGCUCCUUGGAGGAUGCUGCCAAUAAGUUCGAGUAGAUGGUCGACUCGUCCGAUUAGGAAUAUUUACUUUGGUCCCCCCCUCUAAUGGCUGAUGCUCCGUUUUCUUUAAGGGAUUUUCCCUUGUAAAGUUAUUUAUUUAUUUUUUUCCCCUGGAUCUUUUUCCUGUCGAUACCAUCAAAAGGCCGGUCAUGUUGGUCUAUUGACUGACAUACGAUUACUUUAGACUCGAGACAAAGACGCUUGGCCUCUGAAUUGAUUAAAAAAAGGGAAAUGGAGACUUACUUGUUGGUAAGAUCGCGUAACUUCGACUUACGGAAGACUUUGACAACACGCGUGACAUCAGAGCUCAAUCUCUGACAACAUUCGUGACAUCAGACUCAGUUUUGACCCUGAUGUCCAUUUUGCACUGCCCACUCUGACGUACCUGACUAAAAAGAUAAUAUUAGAAGGGCCUUGCCACUCCCCCCCCCCCCCCAACUUAGUUCUUCCCACGACUGACUAAUAGACAAAAAAACGAGACAUUGUCGAACAUUUGUAUAAAGAAAAUUUAUAAAGUUAAAAAAAAAUAUUUAUACAAUUAAUAUACUGACUCUACUGAACACAUUAGCAUGACUUCCCCGAUGGUUUUUCGCAACUUUCAAAAAAUGGCCCAAAACACAUAUUUAUAACUUAUUCAGUCCCCGUGUGUCCAACCCCUCCUCCCCCUCCCUGGUACACCCCUGGAGGGUUUCAUCGUCCGCUCAGGAGGGAAUAGAGGCUUCAUUACUUCCUUCUGUGCCAUAGUGGUCCAAGUUGACCCGUCCUUUUUUUUUGUUUUGCUCAGUGAACUCGCGGUUUUUUUAAAAUCUUCACAGUGUCUUGCGAUCUUCCGUGACUUGAAGAUAAUGGCAUCACACUUUUAAACCAAAAGAUAUAUGGAUUUUAUUCCCGAGUUCGUCUCCGCUGCUGGUUGGCGGAGAUUCUUGAGUUCUUCAUUGUCACUUGCACGUUUUCUUACCCAGGCAGUUUUGCGCCAGUAUCACGUAUUUAAACCCAAUUGUUUUGUUGUUAUUUAUUUGAAUUAUUGUUAUAUAUAUAUGAAUGAUUGUAAAUAAAAUGUCUAACAGGCAA